AUGAAAGAAACUACAGAUGCUGUCGGGGAAUCUACUUCGAAAAGCGGGGAGGAUUCAAUAGUUCCGCUUGACCCAGUGGCGGACGCUGCGGAGGCGUUAAAGACGCUGCGACAGUUCGUUCUUGAGGACAUCGGCCCGGAUGCACCUCCGCUUGAUACUUGGCAUGGUUUCGAUGCAUACAUAGAUGAGCUUUGUGCAUACGGCGUCGAGAAGCUUUCAAAAGAGCCGGGCGAUCUCGAAGCGACCAGCCUACGACUGAAAAACGAUCUAGAAGAAGUUAGCUGUGGCAACUACAGGGCCCUAAUCGAGAGUUUCGAGUGCGCUGGUGCAGUUCGAGACGGCGUCGCUGAUGUGCGCUCUAGACUGGACGGGCUCGUAGAGGCCUUGCCGAAGCUUGCCCACGCGACCAAGCAGUUCUCAGUGAAUGUAAAUGAGAAACAAGUUGACAGGAAGAAAAAGUUGAGGGCAAUCACAGAGCACAGGGCAAUUGCAGAUAUCCUUGAGAUGCCUCGACUCAUGAGAACAUUAAUUGCGGCAGAGCUUUAUGAUGAAGCACUGGAGCUAAGAGAAAACGCUGUUAAACUUGCCACAAUGCACCCGAGUGACAGCCUCGUCUGCAACGUUUACGCAGAAGUAGACAUCUUGACGCAGCAGAUGAUUUUGAAACUGCUCGUAUUGCUGAGGAAUCCUGUUCAGCUCCCUAUGUGCCUACGCGUAGUCGGGUUCCUCCGACGCCUGGGAGUGUUUUCAGAGUUUCGGUUAAGAAUGCUUUUCUUGCAGUGCAGAGGAGAGUGGAUGCGUGCUGGCAUUGAAUCUACCACGGCCACCUCAGAACAAGCGCAUCUCGUCAGUCUUAGCGAUAGUACUCGCGCAAUGGUAUUCGAAAUCAUAACGCAGUAUCGAGCGGUAUUCAACGACGAUGUCGACGACGACGACGACGACCUCACAAAUGCAACUAGAAGCAAGGACAUGAUGUGUAGCACCCACUCAUCUGCCAUUCUGUUUGAUUGGACUUCUUCAUGUGUGUCCGAUUAUCUCUUGAGAGUUGAAUCGGGGAUCAAGGAUGUUCGCGACGGCGCUGCGCUCAAUACGGUGUUGCAACAAGCUAUGUAUUGCGGGCAAUCUCUUGGAAGAGUCGGUGCGGACUUCCGUGCUGCCCUUCCCCCUAUAUUUGAAGAAGCGGUCCUUCGAAUAUACAAUUCUCAUUUGAAUGCAGCACUUCGUCAGUUUGAGAUGAUGAUAGAAGAUAACAGGUGGGCUCCAGUCGGAUCAUCAGCCUUGCGAAAAGUUAGAAGGCAAUCGUAUGCAGGACUCGAUGCGACAAGCAAAUUAGCGAGCGAGCAGGCGUCGAGUGGCCAAACAGACAACGACUCAAACGAACAGUAUGACCCGCCGCUAAGCGUGCUCGACAGUCCUCCACUCGCCGUGUUUCUCAAUGGGAUCCUGGCCGCUUUGAAUGAGCUGCGUCUUUGUGCUCCCGUUUCACUUGGUACACAGCUGGGAAAGUCAUUGCAGGAAACGUUGAUUAGUUCAGGGGAAUACAUGAGCGCAGUCGGUGGCCCUGGUGGUGCCUUUUUGAAACGCUCAGAUCGACAGCAUUUUAUUGCAAUGUCAGCAUCACUUCGGGACCUUUGCGUGCAACAUGCCGCAAGGUGUUUAGACCACUGCAUGGACCGCAAUGGGCUCGUCGACGUUGCGGAAGUACAGAGAGUACUGAACGAAGUAUUCGGGGAGACCCUCGUGCCUGUCGCGCUAAGCAAAGAGACGGCAGCCAAAUUGAACGGCACCGAGGACACCAUUCAUGCAGAGCAGAGAAUGUCAUCUGACAAAUAUAGAACACAACACCAACAUGAAGGUGAAAGCCCAAAACCUUUGGAGCAAAAAAAUCGCGAGGCGAUUUCCUCGCUGGUCGCUGAUAGUUCGAGCGCGAAUGGGAAAGAAGGGGAGCUCGUGGAGGUCGCUACAAGUAUUGCGGAUGUCAAGAAACCAUCAUAUGAGGGUAACACCGAGACUAGUAUCCAGGAGAACAGUGCUGAGCAGGGCCACAGUGCCCAGGACCACAGUGCCCAGGACCACAGUGCUUUGAAUGGGAAUAGAGUCGAAGAUGAUAACCUUAUUUUGUAAAUCUGACAUCGAAACUUGCGGCUUCUUGCCACGGAACUGUAGACACGAACCGCACAUUCCUUCUUUCAAGGCACUAUGUACGUUCCGGGCGUUCAGGUAUCCUUCACAAUCGCCAAGGCAAAAUGUAGACCAUUUCGAAGAAGUUAUUGUGCUUUCCGGUUAAACGAAUGCACUGCGUUAACAU